CGGGGUUACUACUGGACGUCUGGGAGAAACGAUUAAAUAGGGAAUAGAACUCUUGAAGUCUAUACUCUGAAAGGGAUAAACAGAAUGCAUUCUUUCGGGCAUCGUUUUAGCACUCUCAUCACAUUGUCUGGUUUCUUACUGGUUCUGUCAUGUUCUCUGGCUUCCCUCACUGAUAUCUUCAACUCCCCCUCCGUGCAUGCCCAUGCUGAGGUCUUGAAAAUAAAUCGGUUUCGGAAGCAGCUAAAUGGAAAUGAUGAGGUCACAUUGACCUUGAACAUGUCCAUGGAUUUACGAUCAACUUUCACAUGGAACACCAAGCAGGUCUUUGUAUUUGUAGCAGCUGAAUAUGAAACUCCAAAGAAUUCUUUGAAUCAGAUCUCACUUUGGGACCAUAUAAUCCCUAACAAAGACCAGGCAAAGUUUGAGACUCAGAUCGCUUGCAAAUACCCAUUCAUUGAUCAGGGAAGUAAUCUUCGUGGUAAGAAGAUUAAACUUGUUCUCCACUGGUAUGUUAUGCCCAAGACAGGUAGAACCAUAGCAGACAUGAUGGUAAUGUCUGAUAUCAGUCUACCUCAGACAUACACAUAGAUCAUCUAUUUCACCAUGUCGGCCAUCUCAAAAAGUUUAGCAGCUGUGAAAAAUGGAAUUAGACUCUCCUUGUUUACUAGACUUUCUAGGUUUCUUUUUUGUUGGAUAUUGAGCCUAUAGUUGUAUGCGAUGUUAAAUCAUAUUAUGCUUCACAUACUUUGACUUCUUAUUCUAAUGAAAUUUUUCACCAGCUACACAACCAUUACUUUA